AUGGAUGAUUAUGAAUGCAAUUACAGAUACGACCUAGAAAAUUAUAGCAGUAACUUUGGUGAGAAUAUUAUGUGUUACAAUGAAUCAAAUUAUGUUAAUGGAAAUAGGGAGUACAAUAAUUUUGAAAAUGACUUCUGUUUCUUUGGUGAUACUAUAGAAGAAGAUAGUAAAGAAGAAAAAGAUUGUGAAUAUAUAAAUACAAAAAGUAAUCAGAAUAAUUUAAAAAUUUCAAAGGAAUUAAGUAUCUCUCCUAAUAAUAAUAGCUCAAAUUUUAAGAAAAGAAAAGUUAUUAAUGAUUCUUCUCAUAAAGGCAAUAAAAAAUUAAAAAAAAAUGACCUGUGUAUAGUUUGUAUGCAAAACGAGAGAAAGUAUAAAUUUACAUGCUGCUAUGAAUAUUAUUGUUCAGUACCCUGUUUCAAUAAGCACAAUCAGAAAGAGUGUUUGGACCAGAGAAGGAAAAAACUGUGCAUGUUACAGGUAGAAAGUAUGAAUGGGGAUUCUACGUCGACUCCUACUGCUACUCUUGCUGCGACAACUUAUAGUAAUAACGAUAAUUUUUUUUUUGCCUAUUAUGAACAAAAUGAGCAGUCCCCAUGUCCAGAUUAUAUACAGAGUGAAUGCCUUACUAACGAGCAAAAGCACAAAUUAAAGGAAGACCUAGCUUUAAAACUACUCCUAAAAAACAAUUACGUGCGUUCAGUUUUUAAACAGUUUUCCUUAUCAAAUGACAAGAUCUCUUAUCUCUCCCAUUACAUAAAUGAUCCCACAGUUGUGCAAGUGAUUGACCAAAUAAUGAAGACGAUCGAAAGUUAA